CUAUUGCGGGUAGAUGAUUACAGUGGGGAUAGGUUUAAGCGAAUGUUUAUCUCACCAGCGUUGGCACCAGCGUUCUAUCACAUUGAAGGCUUUUUGAAGAUCAACGUCGACGCAACGGUUAGUGCCUCCAGAUGCUCGAUUGGGCUUGUUAUUCGGGGCUCAGACGGACAUGUGAGGUUGGCGAUCGGAUUGCAGCAUCAAGGAAUAGUCAACCCUUAUCUGGCUGAGCUUCUUGCUUUCAGGGAUGCUAUCUCCUUUGUAGCCUCAAGAUCCUUGUCUCACGUGAUAGUCGAAGGCGACUCUGAAGUGGUUGUCAACCAAGUCUGUCAAGGCGUCUUAGAAGACUCGCCAGAUUCUUAGCUCUUUUUCUGCUUGUAUAGAGUUUAGGGCGGUACCUAGAUUCGCCAACAGUGCUGCCCAUAGAGUGGCGCGUAAAACACUGCUUUUGUCUCUUGUAGAGCUAGAAUCUUUUGAUUUCUUGGGGGUAGCUUCAGGGGUCCUGGGUAGAAUUGUAAGCUUAACUAUUAUUUCUCAUUGAUAUCACUCAGAAAUAAAUAAAAAAUAACGAAUUUUUGUUGACCAUUUUGUUAUUAGUCCAAAUGUGUUUUUACUGAAACGUGGAAAAUUAAAUUUUAGUAAAUGUUUUAUACUAGG